GUCGGCUCGCCUGCUGCCGGGGCCCGUUUGAACGCUCAACUCCGCUCUCCAUUCGUCAGACUCGGGUCUGGGGCGUUUCACCAAAGCUGCCCCGGUUGUGUCCGGGUAAGAUGGCGUUGGAAGAGCAGUGCUCGGCACCACCUCGAUGGCAGGCCAUAUCAGCGACACACGUAGAGUUUCCCGAGGGAGAUCUGACGGGGCAUCUACUGGCUUACAUCAGUCUCCUGCCCAUAGCUAUUCUCGUGGGGUUCGUCACUCUCAUAGUGUUUAAACGGGAAUUGCACACGAUUUCCUUCUUCGGCGGUAUCCUCCUUAACGAAGGGGUGAACUGGCUGCUGAAGCACAUUCUCAGAGAGCCGCGCCCUUGUGCAGGGGCUCACACAACCCUGCACACAGAAUAUGGGAUGCCCUCCAGCCAUUCCCAACUUAUCUGGUUCUUUGUUGUUUACUUCUUUCUUUUCCUUUAUUUAAGAAUGCAUCAAACAAACAAUGCUCGAUGUGUGGACUUGCUAUGGAGACACAUACUUUCCAUUUUCCUAUUGGCUGUAGCCUUUUCAGUAUCCUACAGCAGGGUCUACCUGUUGUAUCACACCUGGAGUCAGGUUUUUUAUGGAGGGGUAGCCGGCAGCACGAUGGCCAUAAUCUGGUUCUUUUUCACACAGGAGAUGUUGACACCAUUAUUCCCCAAAAUAGCCGCCUGGCCAGUAUCAGAGUACUUCCUGGUGAGAGACACAAGCCUGAUCCCCAACAUCUUAUGGUUUGAGUAUACAGUUACCAGAUCAGAAGCAAGGAACAGACAACGAAAGCUUGGAACAAAACUUCAGUGACUGACGCAGUUCUUUAGUGCAGCAGAGUUUAGGACACACACAUACACACAUUAACCAACACAAGCAGCUGCUCACUGGGCAAAAAAAACAAAAAAAAAGCACUGAAGAAAGCAUCUCUUGGACUGACGUGGCUGCGAGCAGCGUCUGGGAAAACUGGGGUUUUAGAGGAGCCAGGACCGGACCAGGAACCCUCAGCCUAGGCAAGCCCGUCCACACGCCUUCCCUCCUUGUACAGCUUGCCCAAAAAUGCUCUUCAAUGCAUGCAAGACUGUGCAAGAGGCAUAUUUUAACUGUAAAAGCACGCGACAGGAAUCGUUUACUGGAAGGAGCCAAAAAAUAAAAAAUAAAAAUAAAAACACGGAGGCUUUGGGUGAGCGUCCAGCGAAUCAGAGGGCGUCAUUACAGCAUGUCUUUAGUGGUUGUUUUAUAAAAUGUUCUGACAGGUAGCAGCAGAGAAUGGGUGGGGUGGUAGGGUGGGGGGUAGCUUUGUUGGUAAUAUGUUGAAUUAACCAUUUUUCAUUGUUAUAUAUUUAAAAAAAGAACAAUUUCUAAAAUUGGUCAUAGUGUAAUAAGCUUGCAAAUUUGCACUUGGUGAAAUUUACAAGUAAAAAAAAAAA